CCCGCUGUCAGAGGGCUGGAUUACAGCGAGAGAGGCGGCGGAGUGUUGUUCCCUGAGAGAUCUGCUGGAAAACUCCUCUCCAUGAAUCACUGGCUAACAGCAGUGUUAUUACAGAGUAGAUUACCUCAUUUCUUUACUUCCAGAAGAGCGGCAGUCUAAAGCCGGAAAAAUCUGCCACUACAAUGAAGCCCCUGGAUUUAUGGUUUAGAUUUAUUUGCAGUUUAUCUGUUAUUUUUCUCUCAGUUUCUGGAUUCUAUCUUCCGGGUUUAGCUCCAGUUAGUUUUUGUGAAGAGGACAAGAAAACCGGUGACUGUCAGAGUGAGAUCCAGCUAUUUGUAAAUCGACUGGACUCCGUUGAAUCCGUCCUGCCCUAUGAAUAUGAUGUGUUUGAUUUUUGCCAAGAUGAAGAGGAGAAGAGGCCAUCAGAAAACCUUGGCCAGGUGUUAUUCGGAGAGAGAAUUGAGACCUCGCCCUACAGGUUCACAUUUAAGAAAGAUGAAGCUUGCCAAAAAGUGUGCACCAAAUCAUACGACACAGCUAAACUGGAAGAUAAAGCCAAUUUGGACUUUCUUAAGAGAGGCAUGCAGCUGAAUUAUCAGCAUCACUGGAUUGUUGACAACAUGCCUGUAACAUGGUGCUAUGAUGUGGAGGAUAAUCAGAAGUACUGCAACCCUGGCUUUCCAAUUGGUUGCUUAGUAACCGCUGAGGGACGGCCUAAAGAUGCCUGUGUCAUCAAUUCUGAAUUCAACAAGAAAAACACAUUCUACGUCUUCAACCAUGUGGAUAUCACAAUAACCUAUCACAGCGGGGAACAUGAAAAUUGGAAUGGUGCUCGGCUGGUCAGUGCUAGACUGGAGCCCAAGAGUGUUAAACACAGCUCUGAAAACAGCCAGACAUGUCAAGGCCCACCUAUGGAGAUUCCAGGAGAAUUCAGUAGUAAUCUGAACCUGACCUACUCUUAUUCAGUCACAUUUGAGUCCACAGAUUUGAUCAAGUGGGCUUCAAGAUGGGAUUACAUUUUGGUGUCAAUGCCUCACACAAAUAUCCAGUGGUUUAGCAUUAUGAACUCUCUGGUCAUCGUUCUCUUCCUCUCUGGAAUGGUGGCCAUGAUUAUGCUGAGAACAUUACACAAGGAUAUCGCAAGAUACAACCAAGUGGAUCAGGAGGAUGCACAGGAGGAGUCUGGCUGGAAGCAGGUUCAUGGGGAUGUGUUCAGGCCACCACAGAAGGGCAUGCUGCUGUCUGUAUUUCUUGGGCAGGGCACACAAAUCUUCAUCAUGACUUUCAUCACACUCUUCUUGGCUUGCCUGGGAUUCCUCUCUCCAGCAAACAGAGGGGCCCUUAUGACCUGUGCAGUGGUGCUGUGGGUCUUGCUAGGCACGCCUGCUGGCUACGUAUCAGCCAGGCUUUAUAAGAGUUUUGGUGGUGAAAAAUGGAAAACCAGUGUUUUUUUGACCGCACUUCUUUGUCCUGGCAUUGUUUUUGCAGAUUUCUUCUUAAUGAAUCUGAUCCUCUGGGUGGAGGGCUCUUCUGCUGCCAUCCCAUUUGGCACACUGGUGGCCGUUCUGGGCCUGUGGUUCGGCAUCUCUGUCCCCCUUACCUUUGUGGGUGCAUACUUCGGCUUCAAGAAGCCGGUGAUUGAGCAUCCAGUGCGUACAAAUCAGAUCCCACGGCAAAUCCCUGAGCAGUCCUUCUUCACUAAACCUGUGCCGGGCAUCAUCAUGGGCGGCAUCCUGCCUUUUGGCUGCAUCUUCAUCCAGCUCUUCUUCAUCCUCAAUAGCAUCUGGUCUCAUCAGAUGUAUUAUAUGUUUGGCUUCCUGUUCUUGGUGUUCAUUAUUCUUGUCAUCACCUGUUCUGAGGCUACGAUCUUGCUCUGCUACUUCCAUUUGUGUGCUGAGGAUUAUCACUGGUGGUGGCGAUCGUUCCUUACCAGUGGAUUCACCGCGGUUUACCUGUUUGUCUACGCAAUACAUUACUUCUUCUCUAAACUCCAAAUCCAAGGUGCAGCUAGUACCAUCCUUUACUUUGGCUACACCAUGAUUAUGGUACUUAUAUUCUUCCUCUUCACAGGCACUAUUGGCUUCUUCGCUUGUUUCUGGUUUGUACAUAAAAUCUACAGUGUGGUGAAAGUGGACUAAGACAGCAAGCUUGGCAGUUCCAUCUGUCCACAGUGCAGAAAAAUACUCUUCUCUCUGUUAUUCAUUUGAUGGACAGAUGCUUUGGCAAGCUGUGUUUGGGAGACACCUCCGGGAUGAAAGCGUCUUUCUUUUGCUUGGAAACUGGUGCAUUUCUGUCGUCAUUCUAUGCUUCUACUGUCUGUACUUAAGCUGGUUUAGUUUGCACAAUAACAUGAGUUGGGUUUUCUGUGCGGACCUCCAAAGACUGUGGUUGUGUUUAAGAUGUAGGGUUGGAUUUUUUUUUUUCCCCCUAUGUUUUGGUUGAGGAAUCAUCAUAGAUUGGUGGUUGUGAAAAUUGGUGGAGCCAAUGGUGCUGAUCCUGAAUCCACAAAGGUCCUGAUACAGCCACAGGCCCGUUAAAUACUUCUGAACGCUGUGAACAUGUCUGUUUUAGUUGUCCUGAGUGUGAUCGGCAUGCUGGCUAGUCAAGAAGGACUGAGCAUGCUCAAACAUUUGCAUGUUAACUUGCCAGCGACAGGCGUGGACUCUAUGAGCAGAAAA